UCUCAAAUCGCCCUCCAGACGGCGUCCCGACCCAGAAUGCAUUCUGACAAGGUCUUUGAAAAAGCGGCGCGGCUAAUUCAAGAUGGCGGAGAUGGACCAGCUGUUAGACGAGAGCUCUUCAGCAGAGGCACUUGUCAGUUUAAAAGAGGGAAGUUUGUCCAACACUCUAAAUGAAAAGAACAGCUUCCCCAGAGCUCACAACACCAGAGGUCGACAUUCCUCUCUCACAAUGGACACGCCGACUCGAAGCUCGAAGAGAAGCCGCUUGUUUCGGGAUGAAGAUGAGUCUCCUCAGCAGCGUCUCCCGUCCAGAUCCCCUCGGAGGAGUCAGAGGGUCAGCACCACCCCACAGAAAUUUUCUAAUAUUGUGUCCCCGGAUAAAAAGGCAUCUCAGAAAAUAGGGCUAAGACUAAGAAACCUCCUAAAGCUGCCCAAAGCUCACAAAUGGUGCAUAUAUGAAUGGUUCUACUCUAAUAUUGACAGGCCACUUUUUGAGGGCGACAAUGAGUUCUGCCUGUGUCUCAAAGAGACAUUCCCCAACCUGAAAACAAGAAAGCUGACCAGAGUGGAGUGGGGAACAAUCAGGAGAUUGAUGGGAAAGCCCCGGCGAUGUUCUUCAGCUUUUUUCGCUGAAGAGCGAACAGCUCUGAGACAGAAGCGACAGAAAAUGCGCCUGCUGCAGCAGAGGAAGCUGUCCGACGUGUCCAGCUGCAAAGACCUCCCCGAAGAAAUCCCCCUGCCUCUCAUCAUAGGAACUAAAGUCACCGCUCGGCUCCGAGGUAUCCACGAUGGACUUUUCACGGGCCAGAUCGAUGCAGUCGACACGAGUGCCGCCACCUAUCGCGUCACCUUCGACCGCACCGGCCUGGGAACACACACUGUGCCUGACUAUGAAGUCCUGAGCAACGAACCCAAUGAGACCAUGCCCAUUUCAGCCUUUGCCCAGAAGCAUCGGUCAGCUCGCUACUCGCAGAACCUAAUGACCCCUCCGAGAGGACCCUACCCGUCCGCUGCCACUCCGGUCCUCAUGGAGAGUGACCCUCUGAUCAGCCAGUCACCUUGGAGGAAUAAGCUCCCAGGAGCCGAGGAGGGAACACUGGGAGGAUUUCCUGUUAAAUUCUUGGUCCAAGUGACAAGGCUCUCCAAAAUCCUCAUGAUCAAAAAAGAACACAUAAAGCACUUAAAGGAAAUGAACACAGAGGCUGAAAAACUGAAAUCCUACUCGAUGCCGAUUGACCGAGACUUUCAGAAGCGAUAUGCGACCACCGUGCUUGAGUUGGACCAACUCAACAAAGACCUGAAUAAGGUGCUGCAUGAAGUGAAACAGUUCUGCUGCGAACUCGCCCCUGAUCAGGGCAUGGUACCAGCCGACCAUCCCACGGAGCUGCGCCGGCGCUGUGAGGAAGAGGCCCAGCAGAUGAUCCAGAUGAGCACUGCCCUGAACAAGGGGCAGCACAGUCUCUCCAGCCCCGCCCUCACAAACCUCGUCUCCCGCCUCACGGCCCUGCUGGCACAGAUCAGGUGUCUGGCAGACAGUGGAGACCUGAAUUCAUUUGAAUUCAAAUCCCUCACAGACUCUCUUGAUGACAUCAAGGCAUCAAUUGAUCCCUCCAACAUCAGUUGCUUCCAGAAUAACGUUGAGAUCCACGUGGCACACAUCCAGAGUGGCCUUAGUCAGCUGGGAAACCUGCAUGCGUUUGCAGCCAAUAACACCAAUGCAAUCUAAAUACCUGUAAUACACAGACGCAUGCAUACACACACACACACACACACAGCUGUGGAACAUUAAUGUUGUCUAUGGGUAUGGUGCUUUCACCGAAACUGUUAGAACUGCAAGAAACAAAAACACACAAAACGGCUUCUGUUCAUGUUGUGGAUCACCUUCAUGUCGUCUGAGUUUGUCUCUCUCAGUGAAGCAGCUCGGCUCUGCUUCGAUAUUAGGGAGGGAGGAGGUUGGAUAUUUUAACCCCUUGUCCCCCCCCCCCCCCGGUUUUUAUUGCCUGAAAAAAAUGUUUGUGCACUCAGCUGAACACACGUCUGACAGUCUUCGCUAAACGCAGCCAUCCAGAUCUCCACGUGCCAAACAUUGAUUCAAACUGUUUUAUAUAUCAUAUUUAUUUAUUUUUGAGUAGGUGUUUGGUUAUGAAACAAUAUUUUCAUAGCAGAGGUGGGACAGCCCUCGACAGACACACUCAAAGCCUGCAUCACUAACCCUGAAAACAAUCAUUCUUUCCUUGAGAAAAUCCUUUUUCAGUUUUGUAAAGUUGUAUAUGAGAGUGCCACAGGGCAAUUGUACAUAAAUGUUUUUGUCUUUUAUAUUAAAGAACUUGC